GUAUACCAAAGGACUUGACAGUCGCCGCAUGUGAUAUACCUAGUCGGACCUUAUUAAGUGACAGCGCAAACAUGACAAGUAACUAAGUGCAACUACCCCCCAGAUUUUUUUCCCAGCUUGUGAUUUUUUUUUAAUUUUGGAUUUCUCUUCGAGUGCCCUUUUCUAAUGUUAGCCGCUGAACGCUAUACUUAACGAGGAGAAAUUUAAAAAAUGGAACAGUUUGAGUCCCUGCUGACAUGUUGCGUGUGCUUGGACCGGUUCAGGAAUCCGAAGCUGUUGCCAUGCCAGCACAGCUUCUGUAUGGAGCCGUGUAUGGACGGCCUAGUCGACUACGUAAGGCGACAGGUUAAAUGUCCAGAAUGUCGUGCAGAGCACAGAAUCCCUUAUCAGGGGGUGCAAGGCUUCCCUACAAAUGUCACGCUGCAAAGGUUCCUGGAGCUGCACGCAAAUAUUGCUGGGGAACUUCCGGAUCCCACAGCUGGGCAGGUUAUGGAAAGGUGCAACGUAUGCUCAGAGAAAGCAUAUUGUGCACCUUGUGCCCAUUGCGACAAAAAAGUUUGUGAAGACUGCAAAUCUGCUCAUAUGGAAGUUCUCCGAAGAGAAAUUGCUCGCAUAAAUAACCAAAUACGACGAGGUGUAAAUAGAAUUCAAGAUAUAUUAGCUAUAGUAGAAAGAAAUACGUCCAAUCUGCAAACAAACUGCGGUGCAGUGGCUGGAGAAGUUGAUGAAAUACACAAAAGACUUUCAAAGGCUCUCAAAGACCGAACUGACUUUUUACGCAAUGAGAUAGACCGCUACUUAGCUACUGAACUUAGAAAUUUAACACACCUUAAGGACAAUUUAGAAUUAGAGUUAAGUAACAUUCAAAGCAAUAGUGAUCUCGCUGAUAAAUAUAUGAAUGAUGAUGUUGAAUGGGAGGAUACGGAACUUGUUGAUACUAAGGAAAUUUUCCUAAAAACAGUGGAGUUCCUUAGAAACUUUGAUUAUGAAGCUGGUGAUUAUAAUCGUAGGAUAAGAUUUAUAAUGACCCACGACCCUAAUCAACUCGUAAUGCAUGUGGCUAGUUACGGAGAGUUAAAUAUUACUCAUCCGAAUGCUUAUUCAACUGGUCUUCAACAAAAUCAAGGUUUGACAAGAUCAAAGAGUGAUCAUCGAUUAGCUACACAAUUCCGCCAACAAGAGGAAGCAAAGGGGUGGAUGGAAAAUGAAGAACCAAUUUUAGGUGGUCGUAAGUUUGGUGAACGUCGUCCUCCUCCACCAGAAAAACACACGAGAGACUACGGCACAGAUGACUACAGUGGUUAUGAAUCAGAGCACAGACCCUCUCGUAGAUUCCGUUCGCGUUUCGUGAGGAGCCAUCAACAAGAUAACGACUCUGAUACCGAAGUCACAACUCGUGCGACAAAAACCGAGCAAAAGGAGAAAGAAAAAGAAAAAGUUGCCGAUACGGAAGACGCGACUCGAGGUCCUCUCAGUGGAAUAUUUAGGCUUAGUGAUUGUCCCCGGGUAAUGCAACGAAUUUUAGAUGUAGAAAGUGGUAAAAAGAAGGAAAAGAAGGAACCACCACCGCCACCGAAACCAGUUCAACCGACGCCUCAGAGACAGCGUCCUCCACCUCCAGUGAGGCAACAGAGUGAAGAUGACGAAAUCACGCGCCUCAAACGACAAAAUAAAGGAGCGGCUUCAUCUCAAGAACCAGAUCGCGCACCACCGCGACCCGUAGAAGAAGAAAGAAAUACAACGAGUCGUAAGCCACCGACACCAGCUCGUGAGGCCUCCAGCGACGGUGAAUCCGAUGAUGAAUCUGUUGGAUCUCUGCAAAGAAAUCAGCGGAAGAAUACCGCGCCUGUACCCAAACCAACAGUCACGAGAAGGCCUUCUGCGUCCGAAACAGCUUCUGCACACCGGCCAGCGGCCCGUGCAGCUAGCACUGAAUCUAGCGCCUCCACAGAGAGUUCCGGCUCGGCGGUCAAACACACAGGUGCGAUUUUAAGCAUCGAAGAAUUGAAAGCGAAAUACAGCACUGAUGAGGCGAAACCAAAACCAAGAUCUCGUUUUUUGUCCGCAGGCAAUGAAAGACCAACACCGGCGACAACGAAUGGAACAGCCGGCGGCGCACAACGGGUACAAAGUCGUUUUGUUGGGUCUCAGAGACCCACGCCUGCCCCAGCGCCCGCCGAGCCGGCGCACGAGGACUCCGACACGAGUUCCGAGGAAGAAACUGACUCCUCGGAGGAGAGCGAGGAGGAGCCUGUUACGCAAAGGAAGCCCGAAAGUCAGACGAUGGCGCGAACUGACAUAGGUCCCCUUCUAGCUAGAAGUAGCAACGCUCGAAGUGACGCACAAGACAACAAAAGUAAAGAUAAAGAUGCGCCUGCCCAAUCGCGAUACCGUACUCGGCCCUCAUCACAACCCGAAGAAGAACCUGCUCCUCGAUAUGGCGCUAGUGGAUCUUCAUAUAGCAGUCGCUACGGGAAUAAACCGAAAGAUGAAGAACUGACAUCCUCCUUAGACGACGAUACGAAAUAUCCGACCGCCCGAUCGAGGUAUCUCGCCUUGAAAGAGCGGCGCAAUCGUCUCGCACGUAGUAAGAGCAGCCAUACGGGUUUCGGUGGAGGCGAUGAUGAUGAAGACGAGCCAGUUUCACCGACAACCGCUUCCCCAUCAGCAUAUCUUGCGGCUCGAUACGGCUCCGGCACCGGUGGUUCGGAGUUGUCUCGCAGCCGAUCAUCCCACGCGCUAAAAUCGAGAGAGAGCUCCCCCGAACGCCCAGUGGCCGGCGAGAAGGACGGAGCGGCCUUGAGUUCCUGGGCGAGGUACUUGAAGAGCAAGUACGGCUCGCGAGGGAAGGAGCGCGAUCCGAGCGGUACAUCCUCGAGCACGGCCCGUCGCCUGUCUCUCGGGCUGCCUUUGCGCUCGGCGAACGAGCUUGCCAGUUCUGAUGACGAUUCAAAAAACGCGGCAGGCUCCCCCAUCUCCCCUACGGCGGCUACAGCAGCGGUAGCAGGUUUCGCAGCAGCAGGUUCCUCCCCUAGGAGCCAGUAUCUGCAGAAACGCCGUUUACAAUUCAGCGUGGGGAAUAGGGGGAGCGAACCCGGUUGCUUUACAUGGCCUCGUGGCAUCGCUGUAGGACCCGACAACAUUAUGGUCGUGGCCGAUUCAUCCAACCAUAGAGUACAAGUGUUCGAUUCGAAUGGCAUCUUCGUGAAGGAGUUCGGCCAGUACGGCAGCGGCGAAGGAGAAUUCGACUGUCUCGCCGGCAUCGCCGUAAACCGCAUCGGACAGUAUAUCAUCGCUGACCGAUACAACCAUCGGAUACAAGUGUUUGACCCCGCCGGGCGGUUCCUGCGAGCGUUCGGCAGCCAGGGCACGGGCGACGGCAAGUUCAACUACCCGUGGGGCAUCACCACAGACGCGCUCGGAUUCAUAUACGUGUGUGACAAGGAAAACCAUAGAGUUCAGGUGUUCCAAUCCGACGGCACAUUUGUGGGUAAAUUCGGCAGCUUCGGCUCCAAGCUGGGGCAGCUCGAGCAUCCUCACUACAUCGCUGUGUCCAGUACCAACCGCGUGCUGGUCUCCGACUCCAACAACCACAGGAUCCAGGUGUUCGACGUGAACGGCAGGGUGCUUUCCUCGUUUGGAGAAGAGGGCUCUGAGGACGGACAGUUCAAGUUCCCGAGGGGUGUCGCAGUAGACGAUCAGGGCUACAUCGUGGUCGCUGACUCUGGUAACAACAGGAUCCAGAUCUUCCACCCCGACGGCGCCUUCUUGAGAGCGUUCGGCUCCUGGGGCUCUGGAGACGGAGAGUUCAAGGGUUUGGAGGGCAUCGCGGUGAUGUCUGGUGGAAACAUCAUUGUAUGCGAUCGGGAGAACCAUAGGGUGCAGGUGUUUUAAAGGUAAUUUACAAAGUCAAAGUCAAAGUCAAAGUCAAAGCCAAAGUUAAAGCCAAAGUCAAAGGCAAAAUUUAUUUCAACUAGGCUUAGAACUCGUAUUGCACUUUUGAAGCGUUAUGUUACGCUAUGAGAUAAAUGUUGUCGAAAACUUAAAAUAAAGUUAAGAGUAUUUCCACCGCGCCUUAGCCUGACAAGAGCUAACUACAAACUUUGGUUUUUUUUAUUUAUCACCAUUUUUUAAUGUUCUCUAAAACUUAAUACCCAAUCAGUGCAUAAUAAUUGCAAGCCUUUACAUCGUUAAUCCUAAACAUUAUAAUAAGAUGUUUCUAAAAGUUUGUGGUCAAAUUGGAGGCUAAAAAACUAAAUUCCACGCGAACGAAGCCAAGGGUGUCCGCUAGUUUGUCUAUAAUAUCGCUCUCUUAUUCGUCACAUUGGAACAUAAUCGUUUUUUUUUUCAGAUUUCUUGUAAUCGAUGAACAUAAGCCAAAAAGUAAUGUUAACCAUAUUGAGUUUGUAAAUAAAUGAAAAUACGAGUAAAUAACUUGAAAUAGUAAGACAAUAUGUACCACAGACUCAUAAAUAUCGAGGAAGAUUAUUAUUAAUAUAUGGACAUUUAUACUCAUUUCCUAUCUCAUAACUUGGCUUAUAUCAAUAUAUAUCCUUCUUAUACAUAUAUAAGCAGAUAAAGUUUCUAUUUGUCGCCGAUAGAUUGAAUUUUAUUGGUUUUCUUGUCAAGUUGAACAAGUCAAAGCAAAGCUUGAUUGGGACUGCUAAUUAUUAUGUAAUAUAAAAUAAUCUCCUGUGUAAAAUAAUCUCCUUAUUAUUCGCGGAAGUACGAUUUUCUGUAAUUAGCAAAUUAUACACAGAUGGCUAAAAAAUACUUGUUCAGUCAAAUUUUAUCCAGGUUAAUUUUUAAUAUAAGUUUAAAAUUUUUAUCCAGGUGAGAAAAUUUUAUUUUCAACGCUCGAAAGUGUGAAUAAAAGUUCAAAUUAAUUCGAAUCAGUAGAAUCGUGUUACUGACAGCGUAUCAUUUGCGUUCUAUAUUGUAUAUUUGUUUUUUUUAAUUUAACACGGAUAUUUCGAGGCACUUUUUAUUUAAAUCACUUAGUAAGGCUUCGCUUUAAUCGAAUACGUGAUUAAUUAUUAUGACCGAAAUAAAUCGUUGUCAAUUAAAUUAAAAUACUUUUGAAAAGAUUUAUCAUUCUAUCCUUUUUUGGCAUUGUAUUUUCCAUGCAGAAACUAAAUAACCUACCACAAAUAACACUGCCCUAUUGAUUCUCUGUAUUUCUCACUGUAUUUUAUAGUUAUUUACUAUUCAAUUAUAUCUAUGACAUAGUUGGAGAUGCUUUGAUCUGUAAUUGGAUUUGAUGAACUACAAAUCUCAUCAUUAAUUAUUAUAAAACGUUAUUUUCUCUCAUUUAUUAUUUUUAAAUUAAAAUUAAACACUAUUAAUGUUAAAAAAAUAAACUAGCUCCCCCGUUUCUGGGCUUUUAAGUGCCCAAGCAACCGGUGGUCAGGGAUUCAGAGUGAGAAACCUCGUUACUCUACUUACUAAAGAUUACUGCCUAGUGCCUUUUGUACCCGAUGCUUGAUCCAACAGUCAAGGGAAAGCUUCUUGAACUUUCAAAAACUGCCGGUAUUUGACUUCAUCACAAAUUUUAAAAAGUAUGUCAUAUAAAUUUUAAUCGUCAUUGCUUACUAGUAUAAAACUUUUCUAGUCAGAUUUAAUCAAAAUAUAGUAGAAUAUAUUAAAUGUAAUCGCCAUAGAGUUUUGCCAAAAAACUAUAUUUAUAAUAAUAUAAUCAUAUAGAUUUACAAAACUUUUCGUAACAAUAAUUUUAAAAAGCCACGUAUUCAUUUAAAAACAUUUCUGAGAGGUUUACUAUGUAAUUUAUAUAUGUAAAUCUAAAUUAUGAAUGUUUGUAUUAAACCCGUAUUUACAUUAUGUGUAUGUUGUUAUGUACCUUGAAGAUUUGACUGCUAGUUGGUUUUUGUGAAUAUGAAAUUCCCUCAUGCAUUUGUUUUAUAAAGAUGUAUUGUCGCUUCAAACAUGCGUUAUGCAAAGCAUUCUUUAUUAUUAUUGAAAAAGCAGCAAUUUCAAUAUUAUGAUUGAAAAAGCAGGUAAAAAAUUAUAUGAGACAGGUUUCAUUUCUGUAGUUGGCUUCCCUAAAACUUUUACAAGCUAAAGAUUUUGUCUGGAUUGUUUGUACAAAGCUAGGGUCUAGAAUGCCCUUUGGAAAUCGAUUAUUCCUUAUUAUUAUAAUUUCAGUUUUAUUACUAUUUAAUUUAAUACAUGAAUAAGAAGGCAAACAUAAUAAUCAGUCACAUUUUAGACGCGUCUACACGUACUAUCAGGUGAAAUUAUUAUAUGUACUUGUCAACAAUUUAAAUGUGAAUACGUGGCUUAAUAUUUUAUAUGGGCACUUGAAAAAAAAAUACUUUUUUAUGUAAGCUAUUAAUAUACGUUAACGCAAAGCUUUUUGAACGAAUUUUAAUUUUUAAUGUUAUGAUGGUAUGAAAUUUUAAUAGAUUUUAAGGUUAUUGACUAUUAUUGAAUACAAUAUACUGUAUGCUUUUGAAGUUCGAAAUAAAAUUUGUUAAUAAAUAA